AUGUGGGCUUUGUGCCUUGCAGCAUUGCUUAUUAUAAGCAUUACGCAUUGGGUUUAUAGGUGGGGAAAUCCUAGGUGCCAUGGAAAACUUCCACCAGGUUCAAUGGGAUUGCCACUACUUGGAGAGACCUUACAGUUCUUCACUCCCAACACCUCUUCUGAUAUUCCUCCCUUCAUCAAAAAAAGAAUGAAAAGAUAUGGACCAAUUUUCAGGACUAAUUUGGUGGGAAGACCAGUUAUAAUAUCGACAGACCCGGAUCUCAGUUACUUUGUCUUCCAACAAGAGGGAAAAUUGUUUCAAAGUUGGUACCCAGAUACCUUCACAGAGAUUUUUGGCAAGCAAAAUGUCGGUUCCUUGCAUGGGAUUAUGUACAAAUAUCUCAAGAACAUGGUGCUGCAUCUCUUUGGACCCGAAAGCCUUAAAAAGAUGAUCCCUGAAGUUGAACAAGCAGCUCUCAGCAGAUUACAACAAUGGUCAUGUCAGGACAUUACAGAACUAAAAGAUGCAACUGCAAGUAUGAUAUUUGAUCUCACUGCCAAAAAACUUAUCAGUUAUGAUUCAAAUAAGUCCUCGGAGAAUUUAAGGGAAAACUUUGUUGCAUUCAUACAAGGAUUGAUCUCCUUUCCUUUGGACAUCCCUGGAACAGCUUAUCACAAAUGUUUACAGGGUAGGAAAAACGCAAUGAGAAUGCUGAAGAACAUGCUGCAGGAAAGACGAGCAGAGUCCCGGAAGCAACCGGUUGAUUUUUUUGAUUAUGUUCUUGAAGAACUUAAGAAAGAGGGAACAAUCCUGACAGAGGGAAUUGCUUUGGACUUAAUGUUUGUGCUGCUUUUUGCAAGCUUCGAAACAACUUCCCUAGCUAUAACAUUAGCCAUGAAGUUUCUUUCAGACCAUCCUCUUGUGCUAAAGCAAUUAACGGAAGAGCAUGAGAUGAUUAUAAAGCAAAGGGAAAUUGCUGAUUCUGGACUUACAUGGAAAGAAUACAAGUCAAUGACAUUCACAUUUCAGUUCAUCAACGAAACGGUUAGGCUGGCAAAUAUAGUUCCCGGUAUCUUUCGCAAAGCAGUGAGAGAAAUAAACUUUAAGGGAUAUACCAUUCCAGCAGGUUGGGCAGUAAUGGUUUGUCCCCCAGCAGUACAUUUAAACCCAGCAAAAUAUGAAGACCCUUUGGCCUUCAAUCCAUGGAGAUGGGAGGGAGUAGAAGUAAGUAGUGCAUCAAAACAUUUCAUGGCUUUUGGUGGUGGCAUGAGAUUCUGUGUUGGGACAGAUUUUACUAAGGUGCAGAUGGCUGUGUUUCUUCAUUGCUUAGUUACAAAGUACAGGUAA